AUGACCGGAGAAGACUCGGUAAUGAUCAAUCUGCCCUUGGCACACUUUCUCAAGCAUCGCGGUGUCUGGAUGGAUUAUGCUGUGCGCUCUCACUGGCAAAUCGGUUUUCUUUUAGUGCGGGAGAUUCAGCUGCGAACCAAGCUUACCCAGCAAUGCCAAGCGGGAAUCGGCAGAACGUGUGGUGGCAAGGAGCAACAACAUGAAUCGACUCAGGAUCACACAACCUUGGCAACGAAAAAUCUUUUCAUUAUGACUCAACAGGAGCUCAUCGCGGACACCAAGACAGUACAUCAAAUUCUCGAAGCCUUGCGAGUGGAACAUCUUGCAUUGGCUAGCCAAUUUUCCGAAAGUGUUUGUUUCGAUACAGAAAAGUCAUCGAUUGUGCAGCAAAAUAUCGACAAGAUUGAGCUCGGUUUAGGAGAAGUCAAUCUGCUGUUGGUGUUUUCUUCGCAUCUUCAAAGUGUGGAUGCUGAAAAUCAAAAGUUACGGCUGCAGAUCCGACGGAUGCAACAGGAAAAUGUUUGGUUACGGGAGGAGUUGGUGUCUACACAAAACAAGCUGGAAAUAUCUGAAACAACUGUGGGACAGCUUCAAGAGGAAAAGAAACACUUGGAGUUUAUGGCAACGCUGAAAGUGUACGACGAAAGUUCAAAAUCUGAAAAAUCAUCGGAAGAGGUGUGCAGAGAUCUGGUGGGAGAACUGUUUCCUCCGGAGGAGGAACCAAAAGAUCAAUCCGCAGUCUCGUCGCAGUUACAUCAUGCUGAAAUUCCUAAAACAUUGCGAACGAUUCACGAUCUCGCUAUACAAUAUGCCUCGGAAGGGCGCUAUGAAAUUGUCGUGCCUUUAUGCAAGCAUGCGUUGGUUGAUUUGGAAGCAGCUUGCGGGCGCGAUCAUCCGGAUGUGGCGACUAUGUUGAACAUUUUAGCUCUGGUUUACAGAGAUCAGAGAAAGUACAAGCUAGCAGCCGAUCUGUUGAACGACGCAUUGGAAAUUCGAGAGAAGACCCUUGGUGAAAACCAUCCGGCUGUCGCUGCAACUCUAAACAAUUUAGCUGUGCUCUAUGGAAAGCGUGGCAAAUACAGUGAAGCCGAGCCGUACUGCAAAAGAGCUUUAGAAAUACGUGAACGGAUGCUGGGCAAAGACCAUCCGGAUGUGGCAAAGCAACUGAAUAACUUGGCUCUACUGUGCCAGAACCAGUCCAAAUACGAGGAGGUGGAAGUGUACUAUCAGCGGGCCCUGCAGAUAUACGAAACGAAGCUUGGAUCGGAUGAUCCGAAUGUGACCAUCACCCGAAAUAAUUUAGCCAGUUGUUAUCAAAGGCAGGGCAAGUUGAAGGAGGCAGAAUUACUGUACAAACAGUUUCUAACGAAGGAACACGAGAGUGUAUUCGGUGCUAUUAGCGCUGCGAACAAACCGAUCUGGCAAAUGGCUGAGGACCAAGAAGCGAACAUGGUUAAAUCCAAAACAGCGGAUAACACCUCGUACGGAAUUAUGGGCGGUUGGCACAAGCUGGGCAAGGUAGGUUCCCCGUCGGUACAGGCGACACUGAAACGGCUCAUUUCGAUAUACCGCAAACAGGGAAAACACGAAGCGGCCGGAGCACUGAACACUUGCGUGGGUCGAGAUAGUAAAGAAUCGACAAAUGGUAGUUCGAGUUCGAGUAAAUAGACUGACUAAGGCAAAGAAAUUUGAAAGAUGUCUAGUGUUAUUUUAAAUACAAGU